AUGCGUGCCCUGCCAUAUGUCACUGCUGCGACCGUGAUUGUAUUUAUGAUCAUUGGAGGUGCUUGGUGGAACCACAGUCUCGACACUCGCUUGCAAUCACAGGUAGAAAAGAUACUCGACAAGCAUAGUUCGAUUUUUGUUACACCCACUGCCACACAAACGAAUUUGGAGACCGAUACAGUUCGUACCACCAUUGAUAGGACUAUAAGCCAAACUGCUACUGCUACACAAACAGUAACUGCUGCUCCUUCAGCCACCCCCGUUAUUCAUCAAUUGGAACAGACAGAUCCCCAUCCCGACAACUCGAAAAUUGUCAUCCUUAUGGGUAGCAAUUUCCACAAGCAAGAUGGCCCUCUUCAUGAUUAUGCGAAAUCCAUUAUAAAAAAUCGUCGCGAGUAUGCUGAACGCCAUGGUUUCAUUUUUGAGUUCUUAGAUGCAAGUGAUUAUGCUGCUAAAGUUACAGGUCACUUGUACCCAUGGGUUAAGGUUCCCAUGCUCAAGGAUACAAUGGAUAAGUAUCCUGAUGCCGAAUGGAUUUGGUGGUUGGAUCAUGAUGCGCUUAUUAUGAACAAGGAUGCAAACGUUGUUGAAACUCUCCUUGACCACGACAAGCUUAAUAGCCUUUUGACUCGUGGAGCUGAAUACAAGAGUGGUGCCGGUAUAGAAAGCAAUGGUUUAUAUACACCAGAACAACAACAAGCACAGGAUGUUCAUUUUAUUAUGUCUCAAGACUUUAACGGAAUUAACGCAGGAAGUCUUUUCGUCCGUAAUAGCGAAGUGGGUCGCUGGAUUGUUGACAUUUGGUUUGAACCUUUGUACCUGGAUCACAUUGGGGGUUACGCUGAACAGCAAGCAAUUUCACACAUGAUUUAUUAUCAUCCCAUUGUCCACAAGCAUGUUGGUCUUGUCCCACUUCGCACAAUUAAUGCUUAUGACUUUGACGAUCCAACGUGGUCUUGGCAAGAGAAUGAUAUCUGUAUUCAUUUUGCUGGAUGUAACUACUUCCAAAACUGUCCUGAAAAAUUUGAAAAAUAUGCCAAGAUACUCACUGAUAAGCAAGGUGAUGAUUGGUUAGAUCUAGAAGAAAAAGAGUUCAUAAAGCAGAGGAUAUCUGCUUAA